AUGCUUGUGUUUAGAAAUGAAGUACGAACGCAGUUGAAUCACAGGUCGGCAAUUCAUAAUGCAAUACAAACAGGUUGCAAUACAAUGGUAUAUGUUGCCCAGGACUUUUGUAAAGGCAAAGCUGUAGAAGAAACGAUAAUUGUCAAAAAAUUAUUGGAAUUAUCUGACAGUAAGACUGAGCACUUACUGGGAUUGUUACCGUUAGUUCCUGGAAUGCCGGUUAUCAUUACACAAAAUAUUGCUAUUGAACUCGGAUUAAUUAACGGCAUGAAUGGAAUCUUUAGACAGCUAGUUUAUGAUACUGAUUCAGUCUCAACAGACAGUCUAUCAACACCGUUUCCAAUGAACACUACAUAUGAAUUAGAAAGGCAAUGUUAUCGAUUAAGCGAUGCGCAUUACCUCUUGUACCCGCCUAUUCUAUUACAACUCACAAAACUACCAAAGGAUACAGAUGACAUCGCUGCAGUCUAUGUACUAUUAUCAAAAGUGAAGCGUUUGGAGGAUUUAAUUAUUUUGCGACACUUUAAUUACAAAGUUUUCGUGAUCAAACCCAGCAAAUCGCAAGUUGCUGAGAUGCAAAGACUAGACAAACUCUACAUGGAAACACAAAUGCGUUUUUCAGAAUGA